ACUAUGGUAAUAGCUGCCUCCUCUCCCAGCAUGCAGCAGUAGUUGCGGAGCGCCUCUUCCUCAGAGAGCGGCAGCAGGUGGAAGUGCAGCAGGAGCAGGGUGGAGCAGCAGACAGACGGACAUCAGCCAGGAGGUAAGACAUCGAAACAUCCUCCAACUGCCGGUUUCUACCGCUGCCUCCGCCUCUGCCUUUCUCUCUAUCCCUCUCUGUGCUUUUCCAUCCUUCUGUCUGGUUUCUCUCUCUCUCUUUCUCCCUCUCUCUGUCUGCUCCAUGUGUUUGAAGGUUGGGGGGCGGCGGCUGCGGUGCGGGAGGCGGCAGACGCGCUGCGGUACUUUCCGCUCCCGUACCGCCUCUUGGUACUACUUUGGACACAGUUGUGACGCUGCGGUGCCGCCUGUAAGCAUGGGGGAGUGAUGUGGCUUUAGAUAAAACAAAGAGGAGAUUUUGGGAGGGUCACGUAAACGCGCGUGCUCGUGUGUUCAGUAAUGAUUGACAGGUGGAGGACAGUCAGAGUUGAACUUAGAGUGAAUUUAUGAGGUUUGUUGCUGCAUCAUCAUCAUGGUGGAUUUACUGCCUGACUGAGCAUGCGCACUGACUCCUCCUUUACUUCUCCAACUCAUUUUUUUUCUCCACUCCUGUCUUUCUCUUCUCCUCUCUAACUCUCCCCCUCCCCCCUCUCUUCUCCCAUUUGACUCCACCUUCUCCCCAUUUCUCUGCAAACAUGCUUCCUCCUCUCCUCCUCCCUUCUACAUUUUCCUGUCCUCUCCUUUUUUGUCACCUUUCUCCUCAUCUCUUUAGGAGUGAUGAUGGAUGGAUACUCCGCCCCCCUUGGAGGUGGUCAUGCCCCUGCAGAGCAGAGCAUGGAAGGUUGGUGCCAUGCUUGUGUGCAUGUUCUUGUAUUUAAUAUUAUAUUUACUUCGUUCUAUUUUUUCUUCCUUUAUCGUGUCUGUCUUUGUGCAAGUGAAAGUAGUCCCUGCAGUAUUCUGACAUAGCAACUAAGUGGUUUGCUGUAGCAGCCAUAGUAGUAUCUACAUACAUGAGGUUGACAUGAAAAUAAACUGAUAUUUUAGUUCUUGAAAACGUGGCAUCUUUCACAAAGCUACAAACAGUUCAAUGCAUUUUUAACAUUAUUAAUAAAAAGUUAGGACCCACAUAAAGUGACUUGAUUUCAUUGAUCAAUUUAACCAAAGCCACUGAUGGGAUUAGGCUUAAAUCAUUCACUCCACAAACUUACAAUGAUAUACCAACGUUAAUUCACAGUCCUCAUAUUUGUUCAACAACAGCUCUGUGCAAGUAUAUGAACUUAUAACACAGUGCAAACAGACAAAAAGCAAAAAAGCUCCAGGAAGACGGUUAAUAAAUCUGUGAGCUCCACCCCUUGUAGGCUGCUCACCUACCAGUGAUUAUCUUGCCCUCUAAUACACUUGCCACCUGCUCGGCAUAACAACAAGAUAAACACACAUUACGCAAAUGCAAAAGGACCAAGGCGGAGGCAGGUGGAGAGAGGAGAGCAGGGAGAGGAGCAGGAGGAGGCAGGAAGUAAUCAAGUGGGUCUACCAAUGCUGGGGACAUAGGUGUAACAUGGGUGCGAAGAGAUCAAUUGUUGCACUUCUUGUUCAAAACAAAGUUUAUGAUCUAGACUGACUCAACGGACUCUGCUAUUUCUGAAAAGUUGCUUCCCAACCUUUGAACUCUUAAAGGGAUAUUCCGGAGUAAAAUUAAUUUAGGGUCAAACACACCAAAACACCGAGUUAGACACCCCUUCGAGAGAUGAAUGUUGCCGACUUCUUGCUUGUCUAGUUAUACCAACUUUAGUAACGACCGCAGGAUAGAAAUACACAGCGGUCUGAGGAGCCAUAAACAAACCUCAACCAAAACGCCACUCUAUAGCCACAAAUAAUGCUCAGAACAGCACCUAACUUCAUCAACUGUACAUAUAGGAUCCCAGCCAUAGUACUAGCCACCAAACAUCUUUUUAGCUUUGCCUAAUUUCUUUAGCAAAGAGACUUAACAAAACUCACCCUCUCUCUUCCAGCAGCCGCUUGUUUAUAGCAAGACCUCAGGCUAGUCCAUCAUCGACUGCAGCGGGGUGACGCAGCUCAAGGAAGAACAUUUAUAAUCAUUUCUUCAUGGAAAUGCAAUCUGAUUGAGAUGAUAAGGCAGAAGAACUACCACGUCUGCAUUGCAAAAUGAUUAAUAUGAUGAUUAUUACUUCAAGGAAAUGAUAAAGUAAUGAUCACUUGGUGUUACGGUGUGUUUGACCCUAAAUUAAUUUUACGCUGGAAUGUCCUUUAUAGCUUUUGGAAAAGUUUCACUCACGAUGUUGUGAAUAUGAUAAAAGGUUGGUGUAAGUUAAGUCAUUUCUGGUGAAUCUUGUGGGAGUUUUUGCUGAUGCUCUCCCUGUCGUGGCCUCUCAUGUAUGCACAUGAAGCAGAGCAAAAGUGUGCAUUCCAUGUAUUCACAUGGAAGGGCAGGGAGCUCCCAGAUCAUAGCCAUACCACCUGAUUUAAAGGUGGGGUAGGCAGGAUCUGAGGAAGUGUCAGUUUUUGGGAGAAAUCUUGAAUGUAAACACGACCCCUUCCAGCUAGUUUUCUCCUCAGCUCCUCCUCUCCCCUGCUUCUCUGCUCCAGCAAGCCCCGCCCACAAACAGAUUCUCGUCCUCGCUUGUAUCGUUCCAAUUAAAUUCAGAUAUAAUGCAGAUAAAUACUUCAGAUAAUUAUAAAUAGGGGCCCAGUCAACGUGAAAGUUAAAAGCAUUGGUGCUACUGUAGAUGCCAACAGACUACCAGCAAACACAACGUUUGCAGGACUUCUACAACUAGGAUAAAAUGACAUACUCCAGGACCCGAGGUAAACAGUUUAGCGGCGCUACGACACGCAGCAGGUCCCAUUAGACAAGAAACACUUUUGUUACAGAUACUGGGCUUACUUUUUUAAAGCGGUUUACCUGUCCAGCAGAAAGGUUACAGGGUCUGUAAGAUCCCGAAGCAUCCCAAUCGUUUGCGCUUCACUUAUGUUGACUUGGCUUUUUAGCUCUUGUCUGGUCUACUUCCAUUUUGGCGCCAGAAUCCAUUUAUUCCGCCAAUCAGUUUGGGGGAGGUGGAGAAUGGCUUCAUUUACAGUCAGAAAGAGUGGGCCGCUCAAAAAAUUUUAAAUGUUGACUACACAGACAUUACAAAACACAGCGAAAUCAUUAUAUUACCAAACGUCAUUAAUAACUAAAGGCUAUUGACUGAUAUUAAAAGCUUUUUUGGAUAUACACCUCAAAGGAAUCCUGCCUACCCCACCUUUGACUGAACCAUAACUGAGUAGAUUUCAUAACUUAACAGUUACAUACACUUAAAAAGGAGCUUAAAGCAUUUUAUAAACUAACAAGGGCUUUGAAGUGCAGGGCUGUUAGAAAGCAACAACUCCAGAGAGGUUGGCAGCUGUGCUUACAAAUAUCUAUAAACAAACUGCUGUCGAUAAGCUAAGUGCUAGUCACAAGCUAACAGCUGUGUACAACCAGAUUAGCAUUAGCCUCUCUGUGUGAAGGAUUCUUGACACUGAUGGAUCCUUGUCUCUCUCUUCAUCCUGUGUGAUGAUGUGUCAGCUUGUUGAUGGAAACAGGAAGUCUCAGCUUCCUGUUACCGCUAGCAACCACCUUGACAAAGACAUCAUCGUAACCAUGGUGAUGUGUUCAAUUACAUCCAGUCAGUUUGUGUGUUCUCAGUGUUUGUCUUCGUCUCCUCCUGUUGUCUUCUCCUCCUCUGCUCUCCUCUUGUCUCCUUUCCUCGUCUCCUCCUCCCUCAGACCUUGACUCCCUCAGUUCUCUGGAUAAACUUCCAAAUGGGAGCGUAGCGAGGCAGGAGGAGGAGGUGAAGAAAGAGCAAGGAGAUGAAGGUAAAGUGAUCAGGAGCAGCCCCCAGGAGCAGCCAGACAGGAGUGAUAUGGAGGAGAAAGAAGAGGAGGAGAAAUUCGGGGAGAAAGAGAAGGUGGUGGAGGAGAAAGAGCAGGAGCAGCUAGAGCCUCCUUUCUCCCCCACUAGGCCUUCUUCUGAUGAAGCUGAUGAAGAAAAGGAGGAGAAGGAGGAGAAAAAGGAGAACCUCUCAUUUCCUCCUUUAGAGCAGGAAGAGGAAGAAGAGGAGGAGGAGGGACGCAAGGAGGAGAAGAUGGAAGUCAGAAAAGAAGAUAAAGAAGAAGAGGAGGAGGAGGAACACAGGGAAGAGAAGAUGGAAGUCAGUAAAGAAGACAAAGAAGAAAAGGAGGAGGAGGUACACAAGGAGGAGAAGAUGGAAGUCAGAAAAGAAGAUGAAGAAGAAGAAGAGGAGGAGGAGGAACACAGGGAAGAGAAGAUGGGAGUCAAAAAAGAAGAUAAAGAAGAAAAGGAGGAAGAGGAACACAAGGAGGAGAAGAUGGAAGUCAGGAAAGAAGAAGAGGAGGAGAAGGUGGAUGUCAGAGGAGAAGAACAGAGAGAGGAGGUGAAAAAAGAGGAGGAAGAGGAGGACAUUAUGAACAAAGAUGAAGAGGAGGAGGUGUUGGAGACAAAAGAGGAUCAGCAAGAGGUGGAAUUGGAAAGGGAGGCCCAGGUAGAUUCCCCCUCCUCUAUCACACCGACUGAUGAGAGAGAAAUUAAUGAAGAGGAAUCAGAAGACCAGAUGAUGAAGGAGAGUCCAGGCAGUGGUUGGAUUCCAGCUGAGGAGGUAGCAAAAACAAGCACUCCUGUAAACUUAGCAUCUCCUCCUGAGGAUGAAAACCAGGCUGAUGAAGAGGAGACGGAGGAGGAGCAGGAAAUGAAGGAGAGCUCAGGUGGGAUAGCAGCUGUGGAGGUAACAAAAACAAGUGCUCCCAUCAGCUCAGCACCUCCUGCUAAAGAUCAAGCACUUCCCGCCCCUCCAUCCACCUCUGAGAAGAAGGUCUCGGUGAGCAAAACAAACGCUCCUCUCAUGAACGGCAAAGAGAAGAAACGCUCAAACUCCACUACUGCACCUCCCUCCAGAACCAAAGCUCCGCCUAAAGGAGCUGCUCCAGCGAGGAAGUCAAGCACCCCCUCCUCCCCGAAACAAACCGCUCCACCCAAGAAAACAAGCGCUCCUCCAGCUAAACAGGCUGCCCCAGUUAGGAAAUCAAGCGCCCCCCCUCCUCUUAACAAAGGUCUGUCGUUCUGAACCUUUACUUCUUUCACUUUAAGAUUUCUCCUCCACCUCCACCCCCUUUUCUUCCCCUACCUCCUUCCACACCCUCACCCACUCCUCCCUUUCUUCCUCCUCCUCCUCCUCCUCUUCUGUGCCAUGUUUCAGGAUCUUUUCUUACCUUUUCCCCUAAUUUUUGAAAGUGACACAGACUCUACACGUGUUCACCUUCUGGUCACCAUACAGUGAUCUGACCUUUCACUUCUGGUAGAGCCUCCUGUUUGCUGCCCUUCUGUUUAGAGAUAAUGUUAUUCUCUGCAGUUAAAGUUCCCAUGAUGCAGCAGAUUGACUUGACUGCAUGCAGACAUCGAUUCAAUUAAAUAAUUAGAAAGAAUUGGCUAGCCUUGUGGCUGCACAAUCAAUGAUUCUGGCAUCUGGCGUUCAAAUUGCAUGCUCUGAAAGCAGACUGCACCUCACAACUGCUUGCAUUUACAAAGUGGUAUUUACCUGCAAGCUGUAUGAUGAAAAUAGAAGUAAACAUGGAUAAAUAAAACCUUCUUUAAGGGUUAAUUUGACACAAAAUUUGUACAUAAGAUUGAAUGUUGAACAAACUUGAACUGAAAGUGUUGCUUUGUUUGUUAAAGCUCCCGUGAGAAGGUUUUAGUCAGUGAUGAAAUUCAUUUUGUUGUCCCUAUAGGACCUAAAAAAAUCCAACAAGCUCAUCAAAAAGUAGAGGGAUUAUUUAUUUAAAACUAAUUUAUCAACUGCAUGUUGCUAAUGCAGCUUUUUCCCUCUGCAAAAGUCUUCCUCAGGUGAAGCAUUUGACCAUUAAAAGAAGAAAGAACGAGACUUUUCCACAUGCUAAGGACAUGAUCCUUAAAGACUAUAAAGAUUAGAGGUACUGCAUUGCCUACAGGGGGCGCCACUAUAAGCACAUUCCAACAGUUCCUCAGGGGAGCUUUAAAUGUUCAAGUGCAGUGACCAAAUAUCCCUUAAAGUCAAUUGCAUUGGGUAACCACAAUACUCUUUUGAGAUAAUUGUAAUUAGCUUUGGCCAGAAUCAUGCAGCCCUAGAGUAGCAUAGGAUGCUAUGCUAACCCAUUAGCUGCUAUACUAGCCAACUUGCAAAACCUACUGUUAUACACUCAAUUGAGAGAGCAUUUCAGUCACAUUUUCUUGCGUUUUCAGAGAAUAAGAAACUCUGAGAUGCUGUUAAAGGAGACCUGUUAUACUCAUUUUAUGUCAGUCCAGUUUACCUAUAGAACUGCUGAGGGAAAUAUCUGACAUAAGCUGUGAGCACCUGUUUUAACUAAGGGCUAUUUAUUGCUCCCUUGGCUGCUGUUGUAAUGUUACUUAAAGCUUUUGGGUGUUACUUUUUACACAGCUUUGUGGUUAAAGUAGCUGUUUUGUGUUUUCUUUGGUUCCAUUAUAUCUUCUUGUCAUGUGUAAUCCAGUUUGUGUCUCUGCGCUUCAUGAAAGUGUUUAUAGAUAAACAGCUCCAGGUUUCAGUAACAGCUGAGACUCAAAUCCAGCGCCGACUGGCCUUUGUUUACAACGGAGUCAUCAGUGAAGUGGCGCGCACAAACAGCGGUGUUGUGGCUGUUGUUGCCCUGAAACCAUCCAAACUUCCCUGUUUUCAGCAGCCUUUAUCUUUAGGAAGAGAAAAUAGCUGAGACUUUACGAGCAAAAGAACGCUCAGAGAAACUUAAGAGACACUCUGAACCAACAAAACGCAGAGAGGAGGAGGAAGGCGAGCUAUGAAACAGGCUUUUCAGUAUAACACGUCUCCUUUAAGAAAACAAAUACAAUGAGGAAACAAAGAGAUCAAAACUUUGAUCGUCCAGUCUGCAUCAUGAGAACUUGACCCACCAAUCACAUCACAGUUUCUUUCUCCCUUUUUUGUCGAAUCCAGAAUUUCUUUAUCUAAAACAUGCAGCUGAAAGACAAAAAGUGCAAAUCCUAACAAGUAUUUAUGACGUCAUGUUUACAUGAAUCCUCUGCCUCCAAAUCUCUUCCUUGUGUGUUCAGAAAAAGCAGCUGGAAAAGGACCUGCUGAAGAAGCUGCAAAGGUAUAACCACAAUAAAUGUUUUUGUCAGACCGGAUUAAAAUUUGUAUCAUAUGGUUACUGACAGUAACAGUUUGUUUCUGAUUAAGGCCUCCAAGACAGCAGGGGGUGCUAGAGCAGCCAAAAUGAUCUCAGCUAAGAGUACAGGUACAACACAACAACAGUUUCACCUUUAACAGAAGUUAUCCAGUAUGACUUGGUUUAACCUGCCUGUUUCUCCACCCGUCUGUCCGUCAGAGUCUGUGGAUGGAGUCAGCAGUCCAGGAAGUCGCUCCCCAGCCAGCAGAUCCUCCACUCCCAACAGAGAUGUGAAGAAGGUCUGAACACUGUUUAUGUUUUAAAGAGGAGGACAAUUACCACGAAUCAAAACAUUUACAAGAAGUAUUUCCAUCAUUUUUCAAGAAGUUAUCCAAAGCAAUAUACGCAAAUAUAAAUACGAACAAAGGUGGUGCAAUUACCUUAAACAACCACUAGGGGUCAAAAUGACUCUCUUAUCAGAAUACUGGAUGAUCAGGUAACACUGCAUUAAAAACAUCCAGGACUCUGUAGUGGAAAUCCCUGCAAAGGCGUAAACAAAGCACCAUCUGUGUUACAUUUGUUGAUGCAUUCAACAUUGCAGGUCAGAACCUCCAUGCAAAGACAAAAUCAAUGUUUAUGACUUACCCAAAACAGGCAAUGCUGCAUCCCCCGAUCCAUAUGCUGUUUUAGAAAGGCCUUGCAUGUAUCAGCAAGACAACACCAAACCAAAGUCUACAUGUAUGAUAACAGCAUGGCUCUGUAGUAGAAGAGUCCUUGAGAAGGAAAAGAGACGUGAAAGUUGACUCGCAUAAAUAUAAUGCUGAAAAGCUGGGUAGUAAACAAAACAUUGAGAGGAGAAGAGGAAGGGACAAACAUAGUUUUAUCAAUAAAGUAGUUCUUGCCUAGUGCUUUUUGAUUAGCAGUUAAAUUCAAUCACCUGAUCAAGCUGUUGCCAUAGUUGGACUUAACUGUGUAUGUAAACGUGCUGAAUGCUAACAUCUUAUAUUGAACAUUUGAUUUACACUGGCUAAACUGGUAUUGAUCACAUGCUCCCAUAGGUGGCGGUGGUCCGGACCCCUCCCAGGUCACCCAGCUCAGCUCGUGGAUGUACACCCCCUCUACCCUCCCAUCCUAUGCCAGAUCUCACCAAUGUGAAGUCAAAGAUUGGAUCCACGGAGAACCUCAAACAUACACCUGGAGGGGGCAAGGUAACACACCUGUCUUUGUCUUUCUGUGCUUCUGAGGACCCUCACUGGACAGGGGUAACGGUGUGAACUGCUCACCUUUCAGAAGAACACAGAUAAAAACACCUGUUUGUUUGUUUGUGUGUGCAGAUUCAUAUCAUGAAUAAAAAGAUGGAUCUCAGUAACGUGACAUCAAAGUGCGGCUCCAAAGCCAACAUCCACCACAAACCAGGUAACACUCACAAAGGGAUAGUGUGUUUUUUUUACUGUCAUAAUUUUUGUAAAAAUGCUCUUUUUUAAUGUGGGAUCAUGGUAUAAAAGUAUUGAAAUCUAAUUGAAUCCAGUUAUUUUUGUAACAUAAAUCGAUGUAAUGCAAAGUUAACUUAGUAAAUAAAGUUCUUCUUCUAAAUGUUAUUGCUAUUUUGGUAAAAUGUAAUGUGUGUUUGUGAAACAGGCGGAGGGAAGUUGGAGAUAAAGUCAGAGAAGGUAGAGUUUAAGGGUGUUCAGUCUAAAGUUGGUUCCCUGGGCAACAUCACUCACGUUCCAGGGGGAGGAAAGAAGAAGGUAAAUGUCAAAAACAUGUUAAAGCCACACUUUAUAAUGCUUUAAUAUAAAAACAGGCUGACACUAAACUAUACACACACAACCAACAGGCUAAUAACAGGCCAAUAAUGGAUGGUCCUGAUUUAAAGGCCCUCAGGCAGCACUGCAUUAAAAUAGACAGAACUCUGUUGUGGAAGUUACCAACGGGCUCAAAAUCACUUCAAAAACUGUUGUCUGUGAACAGUUAAUCACUGCAGCUACAAACGCAGGUUAAAACUGAACCAUGCAAAGUAGAAACAGGAUAUAAACAUGAUCCAGAAACACCAGAAACUUCUCUGAAUCUGAAAUCGUUUAAGAUGGACUGAGGGAAUGAGGAAAACUAUCAAAAUCUGAUAUUCCUUUUGAAAACCACAGAAUCUGUGAUCUGAUGUAACGUUUCCAGAAUAAUUUGGGAUGGUGAGUGAACUUAAACACUUGACCAUGGUUUUUAUUGUAAAAAACAAAAACAAUUAAAAAAAUUAACAAAGCUUAACUGAAGAAUAGAUUAACAAGACAACUAUUACACAAGACAGCCAAAACACAAACACAAUGUACAUCUCUUUUACCUACAUAAUACAGUUUAUUUUCCCUUGUCAGAUUUCUCAGUGUCUUGGUUUGUUGUCUGUUGACAGAUUGAGAGUCAAAAACUGACCUUCAGAGAGACCGCCAAAGCUCGCACUGAUCACGGUGCAGACAUCGUCGUCCAGCCUGACUCCUCCCCUCAACACCUGAGCAACACUUCCUCCCCAGGAAGCCCUAACGCAGCUGAAGCUCCGCCCCUCAAUAACUUGGCUGACCAGGUGACAAUUGAACAGGUUCAUGCUAAAAAAAAAAAAGCCACAAAGACAAAUAUGAGUAAAUAAAACAUUUUCUUUUUCCAUCAGGUGUCUGCCUCCCUCGCCAAACAAGCCCUGUGAUUGGAUAAACCUGUGCCUACUAACCCUGCCCCCUAAUGUUACCAAGGAAACUGCCUGAUGGAAGAAAGAUAAAAAAAAACGUCAUUCUGCCUUUUUCCUCAUGACCUUCAUGUGAUGUCACACGAACAGAGCGGAGAGAUUUUAUGAAGUUAGAGUGAAGCUUUCUGAACACAGCUCAUCCAGAUUAAAAACAAAAUAACGAGAUUAACAGCCAAUCACAGUUUAGUAAAACAAACUAGGUGUUUAGGGAACAUAGACAGGUCUGUUACCUGUUGACUCGAAUUCAUUUAUAUAAAAAGUAUCCAGGAGACGUUAGAGAAAGGACUGACUAACUUUGAGUUGUUGAUGCUACGCUAGGCCAUUAGUUUCCCUCUGUUUCAAGUCUUUAUGGCUAGGCUAGGUAAAUUAGCUUCUAGCCUUAAUGCUAAUCCCAGGAUAGGUUAGUCAUUUUGCCCUGGUGUGAAUUUGUAUAUUUUAGGCUAGUAGUUUGUAGUCAGUGUGCAUAGCUAGGCUAAAACUUUCCAGUAUUUAUGCUAAGUAGGGCCAGUGUGGCAUUCAUUCUCAUUCAACUGUGAAAAAAAAGCCAUUUUCAGGGCAUUGAGGUACUUCCAGGAGGGCUUUCAUGGUGCUGUAAAAAAGGAAAACAGUCCUGGAAAAAACACAGAACGGUCCUUGAAAGAGUACAGUCAUCCUUUGGAGGAAUACAAUAGUCAGUAGACAGAGUGUUAUUUGCCUGGGAAAGAGAAAAACAGUCCUUGAAAUUUUUAAGACAUUAUUUACAGGUCUUUGAAAAUAAGUAUCGAUUCCUCAAACGUUCCAAGUAGUGUUUGAAAAACAUUAAAAGUUCUCAGAAAAGGGGGAAAUAGUCCUUCAAAGAGUAAGUUAGUCAUGGAGAACAGUAAAACAGUCCUUGAAAAAUAUGUUUUUUAAGGAGGCGAGCUAAUGCUUGAAAUGAAAAAACAGCUCUUUUUGAGUAAAACAGGAAAUUAAAAUUGGUCCUUCAAAAUGUAGAACAGUAUUUGAAAAGACUUUAAAAAGUCCUUGAAAAGUUCUUCAAAGGAUAUAAUAGUUCUCGGAAAAUGUAAAAAUAGUGAUCGAAAAGGGUGACAUAGUCGUAUGAAAAGUAAAAAGUCCUUUAAAGAUUAAACAGUCCUUGAAAAUGGGAAGGAGGUUUGGCAGGUAAAAAAUGUACUUGCUGUAAAAAGAUUUAGGUCAAAUUAAAGUUACAGUAAGCUUCUUGGCCAAUCACAUCAAACUUUUGAGUCUUGAUUAGCCUAUCACAUCACAGAGCUUCAACCAGAGGGCUCAAAGGUAACAUCAUACAACAGAUCAAAACACCAUAAAGAUGAGCGUCAAAGAACCACUGACUUUACCUAAACUUAAAAGACUGCCUGAGAAAAGUCCUUUCCUGACUUUCCAGGAGACCAUUAGUAGAAUCCUGGAAAUUUCAGGGGUCCUGGAACAACCAACUGAGGCCACGUGCACCAGCUAGACAUAGAAGAAGGGGAUUCAAAUUUUUAGCAGACUUAGCUAUACCAACUUUUGAAUCAGAUUCACACCCAGUGCAGAAAAUGAUGCUACAGAGCACCCCCUGGUGGCAGGUCAACAAAAAAGCCACAUGCCAUGAGCAGCUGUAACAUUUGUGUAAUGAGCAGAAAGUGACUCUCAUAUUUAUGACCAUCUAAACUUACACAGAGUUUGUCUUUGUUCUGGUGCUCCCUGUGGAUGAGGUAACACCAAUGAUUCUUUUGUCAUGAACAUGCUUUGGUCAUUUUAUCAUAAAAAUAUAACACAUCUUUUAACAUUCAAUUUUAUGACCUAGUAUGUUUUGCCAUGAAAAACAUUGACAGAAGCUGCUAUUGCAAUCAGUGGCUUUGACUGGCACAUACCCUCAAAACGCAAAAAAACGUAGAUUUUCAUACUGAUGGUCAGUCUUUGAUUUUACCUUAUACUGGGCGUAAAACAAGCUGGUGUACUCUGCUUCUUGAGUCGUUUAGGAUCCAAAGGAUUUUCCAGGAGUCCUUGAAAAAAAGAUUAGUGAAAUCCAUUGUCACUCAUAAAACAUGUUAAUACAUGACAAAAACAGAUUAGCAUGUCGGCUUCCUUCAUAAAAUCCCUCCAAUCACAUUUAACCUCUCACAUCCGUCACACCUCUCAGCCUCUCAUCACCUCUCCUGUGUUUCUGAAUGCUGUCGGUCCCUGUGAAACCCAUCCCCAACAUGAAAAAUUACCCAGAAUGCAGUUUGAUACCAGGUGCCAAAACCAUUCUGUCUGUCUCUGCUAGUCGGCUGUCAAAGUGCUUUGUACCAAUAAAGAUUCUCUUGAAUUGAACGUGUUUGUUGACAAAAAAAUAAAGGUACAUUUGAGGCGUGUGAGGCUAACAGUG